AUGACUUCACUUGGGGCAGCCAACACUCGGUUUGGAUUCAACCUUUUCAAAGAGCUGAAGAAAACCAAUGAUGGUAAUGUCUUCUUCUCCCCUGUGGGCAUCUCCACUGCCAUUGGCAUGAUCUUCCUGGGCACCCGAGGGAGCACGGCCCGGCAGCUACGGAAGGUACUUUACUCUGAAAAGGACACGGAAAUCUCAAGAGCAAAAGCUGAAGAAAAGGUGGGGAGACUUACUGAGAAUACAGAAGAGAUACACCACCAAUUCCAAAAGUUUUUGACGGAAAUAAAGAAACCCACUAAUGAUUAUGAGCUGAGCAUAAACAACAGGUUGUUUGGAGAGAAGACAUACCUCUUCCUUCAGAAAUACUUAGAUUAUGUUGAAAAAUAUUACCAUGCUGCUCUGGAACCUGUUGAUUUUGUGAAUGCAGCUGAUGAAAGCAAAAAGAAGAUUAAUUCCUGGGUGGAAAGACAAAUGAACGGAAAAAUCAAGGACCUGUUUCCAGAUGGUUCACUUAACAGCUCCACCAGGCUGGUGCUGGUGAACACAGUUUAUUUUAAAGGGCAAUGGGACAGGGAAUUUAAGAAAGAAAAUACCAAGGAGGAGAAGUUUUGGCUGAACAAGAGCAUGAGUAAGCCAGUGCUGAUGAUGAAGCAGCUGCGUUCCUUUAGCUUCACCUUCCUGGAGGACUUGCAGGCCAAAGUUCUGGGGAUCCCAUAUAAAAACAAUGACUUAUGCAUGUUCGUGCUGCUGCCGAACGACAUCGACGGUCUGGAGAAGAUCAUAGACAGAAUAACCCCCGAGAAUCUGAUCGAGUGGACUAGCCCAGGAUACAUGGAAAAGAGGAACGUGAGCGUGCACUUACCCCGGUUUGAAGUGGAGGAGAGUUACAAUCUUGAAGAUGCCCUUUGCACCAUGGGCUUAGCGGACGCCUUCAGUGAGCACCAGGCCGACUAUUCGGGAAUGUCUGCCAGCUCCAGGCUGUCCACUCAGAAAUUCCUGCACAGGUCCUUCAUGGUGGUGACAGAGGAAGGCACCGAGGCUGCGGCUGCCACCGGCAUGGGCUUCAACAUCGCCUCGGUCUCCGAUUACGAAGACUUCCACUGCCAUCAUCCUUUCCUCUUCUUCAUCAGGCACAAUGAGUCCAACAGCAUACUUUUCUUUGGCCAGUUUUCGUCUCCAUAG